CUGACUCACCGGCAUCGCCCGAGAUCCUUGUUACUGACUCACCGGCAUCGCCUGAGAUCCUUGUUACUGACUCACCGGCAUCGCCCGAGAUCCUUGUUACUGACUCACCGGCAUCGCCUGAGAUCCUUGUUACUGACUCACCGGCAUCGCCCGAAGUCGCCUUUACUGACUCACCGGCAUCCCCCGACGUGUUUGGUUCUGAUUCACUGACAUCAUGCAAGAUCCCUGUUACGGUUUUGCUGUUAUCACACAUUUGCAGUGAUUUUCCUGUAACUAUUAUUACUUUUACCAAAUUGUUUUCUAGCUGUGGAACUAUACAUAUGGUGAGUGGUGGCGUACAGCUCUGCCAAUUAUGGCAUCUUCUGCAGUGCUAUAGUGAAGUAAACCGGCUUGAUGGUGCUUCCCUCUGCAAACAGGCACAAAGAACAGAAAUAAAACAAAUUAAUGUGACUGUGCUAAAACCAAGCACUGAUUGAUUUUUCUUUUUCUUUUAUUCUGGAAGGUUCCGUGUCUGCCCAGCUCUCCCCAUCCAAACCAAACACAUUCUCCUUCAAAGCAAAGAGAAUAUACGAAUAACUGAGGAAAGUUUUGGAGCAGAUUAUGCAUCUUUGUGCACCAGCCUUGGAUAUGAAUGGUUUCUGAACAGCGACCCAGCCAUAAAUUCAGCUUUUGUAGAAGAUGGGUCACGGAAAUGUCAAUUCAGUUUUGUGUUAACUUCGAGAUCGUAUGGUUGUGAGAUUUAGCUACAUCCUGUUUCUCUCCGACCGUCUUGUUGGAGCUUCGCUGGAGGCAGCAGAUUCGGGGGAUGAAGAGGAGCUCCGGCAAUCGCACACUUUCCGAGUCGUCGGGACUGUUACCAAGCCGACAGCGCAGAAAGGGGCCACUUUUGCGGCCGAAGAAUACUCUGCUUCAGACCGGGAAGUCCUCCUUGCGCGAUUGAUGGAGUGUGAUGUUGUUAUUUACAACAUUUACGGAAACGCCGAUCAAAUUCAUGAAGCCAUUUGGGCAGUUUCAGCCCUCCAUGCAGAAUUGGACAAUUUCAGUCGUCCAAAGAUAUUCAUUCUGAUAUCAACUGUGCUAACCUGGGCCCUCAGCAAGCCAGUCGAUCCAGAUGAUCCAGAGGCUGCUUUCACCGAGGAUGACUAUCGUAGGAGAAGAUCCCACCCCAACUUUAAAGAUCAUAUCAGCGCUGAGAAACUCGUCAUUAAAAUGGGGAAAACGAAAAAAUCUAGGUUUUCUACCUAUGUUGUGGCAUCAGGACUUCAAUAUGGAAUGGAAGAAGAUAUAUUUCACUACUUUUUUAAGAUGUGUUGGUUGGGAGAAGCUUCGAGAAUCCCUGUGUUUGGACUAGGCAACAACAUUCUUCCUACAAUUCACGUGAAUGACCUAGCAGGUGUGAUCCAAAAUGUCAUUGACCACAAGCCAAGGACACAUUACUUAAUUGCUGUGGAUGAAUCCAAGAAUUCAUUGGAAGAUAUUGUGAAGGCAAUAAGUGCAGAACUUGGGCCUGGAAAAAUAGCAAGGUUACCAAAAGAAGAUAUUUUCCUCACAGAUGAUCUGACGCAAAAAGACAUUGAUUCUCUCUUUGUCAACCUGCACAUGGAGGCCGCCUUUUUGAAGGAGAACUUUAAUCUUCAUUGGGUGUCAAAAUUUGGAAUUAUUGAGAACAUUGAUGGCAUUGUGGAGGAAUACAAACAAGCCAGAGGGUUACUGCCUGUUCGAGUCGGCAUUUUGGGCCCUCCGGCUGUGGGGAAGAGUAGUGUGGCUGAGAGGAUCUGCAGGCAGUACAAACUGCAUCACGUCAAGCUCAAAGAUGCCAUAACUGACUGUAUUGCCCAGUUGGAGAAACAAGUUGCAUUGGAAGAUGGAGACGGUGAUCGUGAAGAUGCUCAGAGGUCUUUGGAGAUGCUGAAAGAGAACAUGGAUAAAAAUGGAGGUCGCCUGGAUGACCAGUUUGUUAUACAUAUUGUGAAACAAAAACUGAAGUCAAAACCAUGCAGAAACCAAGGAUUUGUUUUGGACGGUUUUCCUAAAACAUAUGAGCAGGCCAAGGAACUGUUUAGUGCCGAGGAAGAUGAGUCUGAUGUUUCUGGAUCUAAAAUGCCACCAAUCGACAAUAAAAUCGUCCCAGAGUAUGUUUUCUGCUUGGAAGCCAGCGAUGCAUUCCUGACUAGUCGUGUGCUGAAUUUGCCAGAGAGCGUAGUCCAGGGAACCCACUACGCUCAGGAGAGGUUCCUUCAGCAUCUAGCAUCUUAUAGGGACAUCAACACGGAGGAUGAAACAGUGCUUAACUACUUUGAUGAACUGGAGAUUCACCCUGAGCACAUUGAAAUCUCCAGCAGUGAUGACGUGGAGCAUAUGGCAGUGAUGGAGAAGAUAGGUUCGGCUCUGGGGAAACCCAGAAACUAUGGGCCCAGUCCAGAGGAGCGAAAGCUGCUGGAGCAAAGGGCAGCUGAGGAGCAUCUUAGGAGUGUGGAAGCUGAGGCAGCUGAGAAGCAGCGCAGAGAGGCGGAGGAGGAAGCUGAGAGGGAGGCCCGCUGGAAGGAGUGGAGUGCACACCUAGCGGAGGUAAAGCAGCAGGAGUGGGAGCUGCUGGAGGUCCAGUCCAUCCCCCUGAGGAACUAUCUGAUGAGGAAUGUGAUGCCAACACUCACCCAGGGACUAAUCCAGUGCUGUGCCCUCAAACCUGAUGAUCCAGUGGACUUCUUGGCUGAAUAUAUCUUCAGGAACAAUCCUCAAGUUGAUUGACCUGCCAUUUAAGAAUAUAAUAAAAAUCAUAGCAGUUUAUGGUGUUUAAUCUGUUUGUUCAGAAAAAUGUUACAGAUUACAUGGAAAUCUCAUUCCCUGUUGAACUAAAAAGGUGCACAGAACCUAUACAGUCCAAGUAAGGCAGUGAGAGGCUGAAGCAAAAAAAAAAAAAAAACUGUAAAAGUAAUUCAGAAGUUUCUAGUUCUGAAUUACAAUCAAAAUUCAAUCCAGCACUGAGACAUUCUCAAUUUAGAACAAGUUAAAAGCUAAUCUGCAAUAAUUGCAGUUAACAAGGGUGUACAGCAGGCUGCAUUAACUUCAUUUGCUGCUGCUGUGCCGUCAACACACAAUUGUGGCCCUUUAGGGCUUCCUUAGUCCACCUAGGCGGGACACCUGGCAUGCAAUUCACCAAACGGGCUGGAACUGGCCAUGGCCAUCUGACAUCUUCCUUUGCCUGGUACAUCUGUACCCGGUCUAUCUGUACACAGUCUUGCACCAUUUGCUCUGUCUUCAUCUGGUCUACCUACAAUGACUGAUGGUUAUACGUAAUUUCUGUACAUAACAUGAAAUUGAAACCUUUUUUUAAAUUAUUAUUGUUAUUAUUUACUAUUAUAAUAACGGCAAAGUACAUAAGUCUUAAUAUGUUUUUUGUGUUGGUAAAUGCCUGUUUUUGCUGUUUAACAUUUAACAUUUAGUGCAGUAUAGUGCUAAAAUAAUCUGUUCGUCAAUUAUCUAUUAUAAUGUACUUAUGGUUAGUAUGGUUGUCAGGCUGUUUUUCAGAUUUGUUAUAUUUAUAAUAUAAUUAUAAUUAUUUCUUCAUUUAAGAUUCAGAACACAAGCUAAUAGUUAAGCUAAUAUAUAAAGAAUAGGCUUUUUCGUUUUCUCAGUUAAGAUCCUGUCAACAAAUACACAUGUUGGGAUAGAAUAAUCUUGUAUUGCUUGACAUGACAAAAUGUCGUCAUGAAAAUUAUUGAGAGAAAAAUUGGGUUCAUGAAUAAUGUAGAUUUUGAUUUUGUUUUUAUAUUAUGUAUUCUUUUUUUUUUUUACCACCUCAGAAAACCCUUUAGACUAGUCCCAUUGCAAUUUAGGCUCUUCUCUCAGGAUAUGGAUUCUGACACUAGAUGGCAGACUUACUUCAAAAUUUAAACUGCUGACAGAAUUAGAAGAUCAAUUUUAAAAUGCACUUUAAUCCACCUGCUCUUACACCAGUAAUCGUCUUAAUGAAAUCAUGAUAUUUGUAUAUUCUCACUUCAACAGACACAAUUUCUUUUAAUGAUUCACAUUUUUCAGGUUUAAUCAGACAAAAAAAAGAGUAUUUUUUUUCAAAUGUGUUUGACUCUCAUCUGAGUUUAAAAUAAAAUGGACCAUAUGAAUUGAUCA